AUGUUCACCCCGACGCCCCUCCUCCCACUCAUCUUGCUCGGCCUCACCCCCCUCACCUCAGGCGCACCCACCACCGCCUCCUCGUCGGACGACUGCGACCUCUCGCCUCGAGCCGCGACGUACUGGCAACCCAAGCCGAACAGCACGCUUCGAUGGGACUACUCGCUCGCGCAAGGCCCCACGACUGGGUUCAAGGCCUCUGAUGGUUCCUCCUCGUCCACCGUUGAUGUAUGGGGUCUGGACCUCUUCGACACGAGCAAGGAGACGAUUGCCGCAUUGCAGAAGCAGGGCAAGAAGGUCGUUUGCUAUUUUUCGGCGGGGAGCUAUGAGGAGUGGCGAAGCGAUGCCUCCUCCUUCCCCAAAUCGACUUUGGGCAACAACCUCUCAGGUUGGGCCGGUGAGCGUUGGCUGGACGUACGUGCCAGUAGCGUACGCUCCAUCAUGACCAAGCGCAUCGCCCUCGCGGCUAGCAAGGGCUGCAACGCCGUGGAUCCGGACAAUGUCGACGGGUACAAUAACAAGCCGGGUUUCCCCCUCACCCAAACCGACGCAGUCAACUACGUCACUUUCCUAGCCGAUCAAGCGCACGCCAAGGGACUCGCCUCGGGCCUCAAGAACGGUGCCGAGAUUGUGAGCAGGGUGGUGGGUAAGGUCGAUUACGCCGUUAACGAGCAGUGUGUCGAGUACGGGGAAUGCGCAAGCUGGCAACCCUUCAUUAAAGCCGGUAAGCCCGUAUUCCACGUAGAGUACCCAAAGGGAGACGAUGUUAAUAACAACAAGGCUGUCAGCGCCGCGACGAAGAAGAAGGUGUGCCAGAAUGCUGGAGCAAAAGGGUUCAACACCAUUAUCAAGAACAUGAACUUGGAUGGAUGGAUUCAGUUCUGCUAGGCAGGCGUGCACAAAGAGAGAGGUGAAAUUGUAAAUACAUGCUCCGUCAUGCGUCUCUCAAGAUCCAUUUCCAUUCACAUUCUUAUUCACAUCGGCCCCCU